AUGGGAAAUGCUGAGAAGAAUAGUUCAGAUGCACCAAUGCAAGGUGGACAUCUCCUCUUCCCCGCCCUGCGCCAACUCCGGCAAGGGCCACACACUCGGUCACCUCUCCGCUUCCUUUCUUCACUCCAUGCCCUUCCCGCCAAAACCCGAGACUCACAGCGCAUUGAGUAUGUAGACCUGCAAGAGACAACGGCGCUAUAUGGAGAGUCAGGGAAGGAGGAUGAUGAAAUUCAGGGCAGGUUUAGCGGUCAGAAGUUGGUGCUAAGCCAGGAACUAGAGGAGGAGGACAGUGGGACAGGGCAGGAACUAGAGGCGGGCCAGAGCAGCCCCGGGGCGGUGGCGGUGCCGGCGGAGCUAUCGGAGGCCAUCAGCAAGGCAGUGGCAGGCUACUCCACCCGCUCGCUGCGCCACCUCACCCGCCAACUUUCCGAGGGGCUCCACGACCACUCCCGGGGGUGGCUCUCGGACCCCCCUAAAAGGGUCAACCUAGACACCGAAUCAUCUCGGGGGGGACUUCUAGCAAGCUGGAAGCAGGCCUCCAAAGCCCGUUUCCCGAAAUAUGAGAACUGGAAAAACGACGAAAAGGAUCGGCGAGCGCCCCAGUACUCAGAUGGACAGGUGGCGGCGUACGCCGCAGCGAGGAUGCCGGCGACGUACGCCGCACUGGUGCACGUGCUGGAAGAGUUGAAAUGGCAGCGGCCGGAGUUCGUCCCAGAACGCGUGCUGGAUUUCGGAUCGGGGCUCGGCUCUGCGCUCUGGGCCGCGAGCUCGGUGUGGAACACGUGGCCAAAGCAGGCGGUGGCUGUCGAGCAGGCACGUGGCAUGACACAGCUGGCAGAUGUCAUUCUCCGAGGCGCCGAGGACGCGCCACCUGUCCACCGUUUCCGGUCGCUGGAUGCGCUUCUGAAGGGAAAGACGGGAGGCCACCAGCACUUCGACUUGGUUAUCGCGGCCUAUGCUUUGGGCGAGCAAGGGACUGCGGAAGAGCGGAAGCGAGUGCUACGGAAGCUGUGGGCGCGCACCAAGUCAAUACUGGUGAUUGUGGAAGCAGGCACGCCCCGCGGUUUUGAGAUCGUCUUGGAAGCGCGGGAGGCGCUGAUAAUCCGCGAGGACAAGCGCGUCUCACGUCAGCGUAGCAGCGAGAAGGACGUGGGAGCUCACGUCGUCGCACCGUGUCCGCACGACGGCGCCUGUCCGAUGUCCGGGACCAAGCAGUGGUGCCACUUCGCGCAGCGACUGCAGCGGACCGGCCUCCAGCGCGUCGCAAAGCGCGCUGAUGCCGCUCUCCGCGCGCAUGAGGACGAGAAGUUCUCGUAUGUCGUCAUCCAGAGGGGCCCACGUGGCAGCUCGGCACACAUGAACGUUGGGGAAGGCGCGUCUCGGCCAUCUGCUGAAGCUUGGGCGACGCUCGAUGCUGGAGCUGCUUCGAAAAACGAGGGCAGGGGAAGUCGUGAGCUUGGAGGGCGGCCGCCUGACGGAGAAGAACGUCAAGCGGUCGGUCAGCCGGCCGAAAGCUCGGCUGCUCAGAUAGACACGGACGAUACGCAGAGAAAGUUCGUUGGGUCCGUCCAUUUGAAGCGGGCGGAUAUCGCCAUGAACGGAUUGCCGGAAGCUGAGCCCUCGGUGGUUGCCGACGCGGAGUCGUCUUCGGAAAUUGGGGCCAUCGACAAUGAAACCACCGAAGGUCGCGAAACCGACGGGGUUGAAAACGGAAAAGGUAGCCGCCCGCCCGCUAGACACUUUCCCCGGCAGUGGGCCCGGUUGAUCAGUCCCCCGAGGCAGCGGCACGGGCACGUGAUCCUAGAUCUGUGCUGCCCGGGGGAGGAACGGACCGGGAACUUAGAGCGGUGGACAGUGUCAAAAGGGCUAGGGGGCGAAUUGGGUUCUAAAGAACGGUACAGCAACGCGAGAAAAGCGCGAUGGGGCAGCCGGUGGCAUUGGGACAUCGGUUAGGGUGACAACGUACUUGGUCGGGUGUGAAACUGCAAAAUCUGGAUAAGGUUGCAUUGGACGACUUCGGGUCUGAGCCACCGAUAUGAAAACACGCUUGGCUCGGUUUACUUCUCAGUCCCUCUCUGCAAAUGCAGAAUGUCUCCGAAGGAUGACAUGCCGACCCACUGAUACUGUUUCAGAAGCAGGUUCUUGGAGUGCCUUCAAGCGUGGAAGGACGUGACGUUGCAACAUAUACUUGCAAGGGGUCCACGAUGCCUCAUUUGCUACUUACCAGGCUUACGAAACCAU